AUGGGUGCCGGGCACGAUCAUACGCCGCCCUUCGUCCGAUCGAUGAUCCCGCGAUCAGCUUCAGGAGCGUCGAUUUGCCCGCCCCCAUUACGCCCGAUCAGCGCCAGCCGGGUCGCGCGGACCGAUAUGGAUGUCGAGAUGCCGGAAGAGCCAGCCCGAGCCUUGCACAAGGCCCGGGCGCGCAGGAACCCGGCAAGCGCCUCGCGCGCCGUCGCGCGGCUGCAUGAUCCAUUCAGAGGCUGUUCAACGGUUGUCCCCUUGCGUCACCCCCUCAUGUCGAUGACCGUCCUUUUGGCUCUGCUCGCCGCACCGAUGGGCUCGCCGCCGAUGAUCGAAGCGCCGCUCGAUCAACGCCGUGGCGACCAGAUGCGCGCGUUUCGAGCGCAAGGAAGGCAAUCUGUCGCUGCGCGAGAUCGAGGCGCAGGUGGUGCCGACCAUGCGCGAUUCGCAAUAUAUCGGCUUCGACUAUGA